AGAGUGAGUGAGAGAGAGAGAGCACAACAACACCAGCUGAGAGCCGCCUGAGUUGUUUUUGUUCUGGCUGCAGAGAGGACGGCUGAGUCUCUGUCAACGGAGCUAGCCGCACAGUCUGCUAGCGUCACUGUAAGUCAACUAAACAACUAGUCUCAAUUUAACUUAGCCGAUAGUCAUAAACUACCUUCUGCACAUGAGCUCGUUAUUACACAACCAUUGGCUUGUUAAAUACCCGUUUCGCGAGUGUAAGGUGACAUUAAUAAUAAGAAGUUAUCCUGCUUUCCUGUGUGACAGCCUGCCGCCGUCGUGUUAGCCUAGCCUAGCUGUCAGCUGACCGCUAGCUACACAGGUUACAAGCUAGCCCCGAGCUAACCUGCGCUAAUAUUUCGGGCUCAGUCGGGUCGCAGCAGGGAGGGAUAAAAAAGCUACAUCUCAGAUCUAGACAGCCCUGUCGCUAUGUCUUCAAUGGAAGAGAGGGACGUGGGCGUUGCGGCCGCCCCUGGCUCCUCCUCGGCCGGCCUGGGGGUCGGAGCCGUGGGGGCAGCGGCGGAGGCUGUCGCCGGGGUCGCAGCCAUGCAGGAGGAGGUCGGGAUACGGCGAGAAGGGCCCGAGCCUGACCCAGACGAGCCGCCCAAGAAGAGGAUGAAAGUCCCCGAGGGAGAGUCAGGAAAGCUGGAGGAGAGACUGUACUCAGUGCUGUGCUGCACCGUGUGCCUAGACUUACCCAAGGCGUCUGUGUAUCAGUGUACCAAUGGGCACCUGAUGUGUGCAGGCUGUUUUAUCCACCUCCUGGCUGAUUCUCGUCUCAAGGAGGAACAGGCCACAUGUCCCAACUGCAGGUGUGAGAUCAGCAAGAACCUGUGCUGCAGGAACCUCGCAGUGGAGAAGGCUGUCAGUGAGCUGCCGACAGAAUGCACCUUCUGCCUAAAACAGUUCCCCCGCUCCAGCUUAGAGAGACACCAGAAAGAGGAAUGCCAAGACAGGGUGACGCAGUGUAAGUACAAGAGGAUUGGCUGCCCUUGGCAAGGACCGUUCCACGAGCUGCCAGCACAUGAGAGUGAGUGCUCCCAUCCCACCAAGACUGGUACAGAGCUGAUGGGAAUACUGGGAGAGAUGGACCAGAGCCACCGCAGAGACAUGCAGCUCUACAACAGCAUCUUUAGCCUACUCUGCUAUGAGAAGAUUGGGUUUACAGAGGUGCAGUUCAGGCCGUACCGCACUGAUGACUUCAUCACCCGUCUGUACUAUGAAACGCCACGCUUCACUGUCCUCAACCAGACAUGGGUGCUGAAGGCCCGUGUUAACGACUCUGAGCGCAACCCCAACCUGUCCUGCAAGCGCACCCUCUCCUUCCAGCUCAUCCUCAAGAGCAAGGUGAACUCGGCCCUGGAGUGCUCCUUCCUGUUGCUGAAGGGGCCGUACGACGACGUCCGUAUCAAGCCGGUCAUCCACCACCACUCCUUCAGCAACGACACCAACGAGACAGACUACGUCCCUCUGCCCAUCUCCGAUUCAGUGGAGUGCAACAAACUGCUGGCCGCCAAAAACAUCAACCUGCGCCUGUUCAUCUUCCAAGUCCAAAAAUAAAGAGUGAGGGAAGGAAGGAGGAAGACGGAAAGGACGACAAAAAGAAGAAGAAGAAGACGGUGGAAGGGUGAUGGAAAGCGAGGGGCAGAAAGAAAGGAGUGAUGAAGAAUAAAGAGAGACACCACUGAACCACUGAUACCUCUUAACACCUACACACACACACACACAUUCACGCAGGGUACAUUUCCUACACACGCUUCCACACACACACAUACAUAUACACACAUACAUAUACACACACCACUAAUUACACUUACCUCCUUUUACAAGAUAGUGAGACCCCUUGCUCGGGGAGCUGUGAGUUGCUAAGGAGAUGGGUGGGCAUUGAUAUGGAAUGAAGGGGUGGGGUGAAGCCUGCGAAGGCCCAGGUGUUGGCGGUGGGGGUGGGGGCGGGUUGUUGGGAGCAGGAGGAUGGAUAUGGAUGGGGAGGAGGUUCUUAAAUGGUUGGUGUGUACCUGUGGAGGCUCCCUGAGGUCAGGAUGUCUGACCUUUCACCCCUGACGCCCACAGCCAAAGGUAGCGCGCACACACACCGACCAAAGCAGGAUUUGCAGGGUGUGUCUGUUGCGUGUGUGUGUGUGUACAUGUGUGUGUAAGACAGAGAGAGGCAACGGACCCCAGAGCGCAGCCCGAACUCUGCUUGCAUGUUCAAAAUGUCCCAAAGACAUGUGAUAAUGUGAACAUAGAGCGAUUGACUCUACUGAGCUGUUCUUUGGACAUGUCAGUGGAUGCGGAGGGCGUGUGUGAUUUAAAAAAAGUGUGUGUGUGUGUGUCUUUUCCCCUCCUUGUAUACACUUUGUCGCCGAUUCUAUUCAACAAUCAGUUUCAGUCUGUUUUGGCAAAUAUGCCCAUUCUGCAUCUCAGACUUUGCCAUAACAGAACAAAGACGGCAUCCCCCACCUCUGACCCUUCUUUUACCUUUCAACCAGAGGAGAGACGGCCUGGCUGCAUGCAUAUUUUAGUUCUUCAGCUUAUUCCUUCAGCUGUGGUUACAUUUAACCAUCGACACUAAUACCAUUUUUAUUUCUCUUAACCCUGAAGAUUUAAGUACCUGUGAACUUUUUUUUUUCUUCUAGUUGGGUUUUAGCGUGUGAAUGGCUGUAUAUGUGUGUGUGUGUGUGUGUUUGUGUGUAAACAGGUCAUAACUGAGAUUAUCAUGCACACGUCCCCAUGUGACCAACAGUAGAAAUACAGGAUGAGAAUCUGGGCCAAGCGGGGAGCUGCCUCAGGGACCUCAAGAGUCCCAGAGUUCACUGUGGACGUUGCUUCUUGGUGAUGUGAUUACUUAAACAUUUUGGGGGGGAAAUUAGUCACCACUGAAGGUCUUUCAUUAAUAUUUAAUCUGUUUUCCUGUGUUCAAAUCAAGGUUGAACACUUUUAUUCUAGUUUUAGUCAUGCUCAAAUAUGCUAUUUUAUAUUUCCUUUUAAAAUGUUAUUGCUUUUAUCACUUAAUAGCUUUCUUCUAUCAUGGAAAAAAAACUGAGGAGGUUUUUUGACAUGAUUCAAAUCUAAAGUCUCCUCAUAAUAUUAUUAAAUAGUCCAAACUGUUGAUACAAAAUGAUCUAAAUCAGGUGAAUCCUUUUUUUACAUUAAUAAAAGGAUUUGGUGCAUUUCAGGAGUAACUGACACACAGGAAACCUGGGGGUAUUCCAGUAUAAGAGGUACUGGUGUGCACUGCUGGACUUAAACAGGAACUCGGAGGCAACACAGGCCCAAAAAGCUAAUUCUCUCGCUUCGUCAGCUGUCCUACGCCCCAGCGGCCCUUUGAUGAAGACUUUUCUGGAAGAUCAGCUUUAGAGCGAUAGGACUUGGAAGAUGUGUGUACAGUAUGUCUGUGUGACUGUGUGACUGUGUGUGUGUGUGUGUGUGAGACACAGGGGUGGGGGACAGGGGGGUUUUACCUUACCACAGUGACAUAUUAGUGUUAGACUUACUUGAACAAGAACGAAGAAGAUGUUACUUAAGUAGAUUCUACUGUAAAGCAGAUAGAUCUCUCUCCUCCUGACCUCUACUGUAUUUCUGUGUUUUAAUGCUUCGUCUCUAUGCCAGUGGACUCACUCAUCUCACUAUGGCUGUACAUGUGCCUUUUAUUAAAGAUCAUGGAACCUGCACUGCUGCUCGCGUGCAUGUGUGUGUACGUGUAUGUAUGUGCGCGCGUGUGUGUCUGAAUGUCGAAAAAGGACAAAAAUAGAGCAGGCUUUGUGAAACCGUUGGUCUGUAUAAAUUAUGCAUUCAGUGCCGCAGUUAUGAAAUCUAAAAUUAAUUUUGAAGCCCUGUGUGGAUGAUGGAUAUGUUUCAAUGAACCUGACGGGGGGGGGGGGGAAUAGAAAGAAUAUGAAUCCCUUUCAGUAAAAAAACUAAUGAUCCAACAUCUGAAUAAUAACACACAUCAGCUUAUCAGUUAUUAUUGCAUGGAUGUAGAUAUGUUGGAAGCAUUGUGAAAGGUUGGCUUCCAAAAGAGAGGAAUUUAUACGAUGUGAUGAUUCUGUAUGUGUGUAAAGAUUCAUAAAGUUGUACUUAGCUGAA